AUGAAUACCUUUGCAAUUAUAGCAACACUGGCGGUGGCUACUUUGACACAGGUAAGCAAUAAUAAUAUUACAGUAUAAACGUUUCGUAGUAGCUUAUCAAUAACAUUUUUUAUUUUUUUAUUUUUCAUAAGGUCGAAGCAACAUGUUUACCUAAUCCACCCCCAUGUCCAGAUUUAUUGGCUCCUUUAUUGGCCUUAUUAAAGCCUUUAGCUCCUCCUCCACCAGUUCCUCCACCAGCACCCAUCUUACCACCACUCGGACUUAGCCCAGCGUUAUUGGCUCCUUUAUUAUCCCUAUUUAAGCCAUUAGCUCCUCUUCCACCAGUGCCCGCACCCGUCUUACCACCACCUAGCCCAUUAGCUGCUCUGCUGCCUCUUCUAAAAGCACCCGCAGCUGCCUUACCAGCUCUUCCACUGCCUGCUGUGCCGGCGUCUGCUCCAACGGUAUCUACAACACUAACCGUCCCAGCAGCCGCAGCUCAAGUCAUAGCUCCGGGACCAGCACCAGGACCACUGGUUAUUCAGUUACCUUCAAAAUCCAGCAGAUUACCUCCGGUCGUUAUUCCAGCCGGCCCGUCUCCAAAUCUGGUUGUGAAACUCAACCAAUGUCCGCCCAAGCCUCCCGUUAUCCUCCCUCAAGCAGCACCCGGCCCCAUUAUCAUCAAAGAAGGAGACGCGGUGAAAAAUCCGUGUGCCACGUUGGCCCCAGCACCUCCUGCACCAAAAGUAUUCUUCGCUUUACCGACCCCGGCUCAACCUCCUCCGGUAGUUUUACCACCCGCACCGUUACCGAAAGUGUUUUUCAACCCGGGAAAUUUCUUCCAAAAACCCGAUAUCGUGUACCAAAGUCCAGUAGGUCUACCACAAUUAUUUUUGAUUCCAUCUCCAUGCCCAUGCCCGCCACCUUUACUGCCACCUCCCGGCCCGUGCAACUUACCGCCAGUUUUAGGGCUAGCUCCUUGUCCUUGCAGCUGUUAGGAAAUUAGAACGUUACAUCGCAUUAUAC